GGUCCAAAAACGUGUUCACGGAUAAUUAAGUUGAGGUGGUUCGCACCCUAUCAUUUCCAUCAAAUUCUAUUGGGACAACAACGUACGAUCAAUGACGACGAUGAUGAUUUGAGAAACCUCGUUUGUCUCAAACCACAUACACGAAGAAAAAGUUAUUCAAAAUCAGAACAAAGUACAGAUUUUUCAACAUGGGUCUGUCGAAAGAGAAUGUAACAGGUCUUAUUCUUGCGUUGGCGUCAAGUGUGUUCAUUGGGUCAAGCUUUAUCAUUAAGAAACAAGGUCUUAGAAGAGCAGCUUCUGCUUUUGGUGUUAGGGCUGGUGUUGGUGGGUAUUAUUAUCUAUUGGAACCACUAUGGUGGGUGGGGAUGAUCACAAUGAUUGUUGGAGAGGUUGCGAACUUUGUCGCGUAUGCUUUUGCUCCCGCCGUUCUAGUUACCCCUCUCGGUGCAUUAAGUAUUAUCGUUAGUGCUGUUUUGGCUGACAUAAUUCUGAAAGAGAGGCUACAUAAGCUUGGGAUAUUAGGCUGUGUAAUGUGCAUUGCUGGUUCUUUCAUUAUUGUUAUCCAUGCUCCUAAGGAAGAACCUAUCACGUCGGUUCUGCAGAUAUGGAAUAUGGCUACUCAACCAGCAUUUCUAGCGUAUGCCGGAUCUGUAAUAGUAUUGGUGUUCAUUCUGGUUCUCCAUUGUGCGCCAAGAUGUGGACAUACUAAUGUGCUGGUUUUUACCGGCAUUUGUUCAUUGAUGGGUUCCCUCUCUGUGAUGAGUGUCAAAGCACUAGGAACUUCUUUGAAAUUAACCUUUGAAGGGAAAAAUCAGUUAAUUUAUCCAGAGACAUGGUUUUUCGUGUUCGUUGUGGCUAUAUGCGUCGUCAUGCAAAUGAAUUAUCUUAACAAGGCUCUUGACACCUUCAACACGGCAAUCGUGUCUCCUAUAUACUAUGUCAUGUUUACGACGCUUACAAUAGUGGCCAGCAUUAUAAUGUUCAAGGAUUGGGAUGGCCAAAGUUUUUCGACUAUUGUAUCAGAAAUAUGUGGCUUUAUUGUUGUACUCUCUGGCACAAUAAUGUUACAUCUGACGAGGGACUUCGAGCGAAGCCAUUCUUUUAGAGGUAGCAUGCCUACGUCGCCUACAUUAUCCGUCCGGCUUUAUACCGGAAACGGAGACUUGUUACUCAAGGAAGAUGAAGAAGAGGAAUCUCCUGAUAAUACAUGCUAAAGAAGACAAAGUUUGAGUUAGAUGGUUUUAUAGGACAGAACACAUCAAAGGUCUUAAUCAAAAACCCCUCAUAUGAUACCAUCAUUGCAUGGUGGGAGAUUUCUGAAGCUAUUCUUUCGCGGGUUUAAUUGAUAUGCAUCGAGAGUGUAACGGUUUUUACUCUGUCAAUCAACCAUAACGUAUAUUAUAUCUAGUUUCUGAUUGGUUGAUAGUGUAAAAAGUUAUACACCGACAGUGUAUAAAAAUCAAUUUCUUUCAUUGCGAGAAUCUUAGGAAGAUUCUUCGAACUAGUUUUUGCAAGGUGCAUACUGUAUAGAUUUGUUGUGCAAUUUGGUUCUUCGGUACAAAGUUAAAAAUUGUAGUUUCCUAUGAAUAUAUGAAUUUUUGUUCUUAUUAAGAACAUGUUCUGGUUGUUACAUGCUCAAAAAUCCUAUGGAUUUUGAAGGACAGUGAUAAUUAUAGAUUUUGCA